GGGGGAAAUGACUUUAAGACAACAACAAAAGAAAAUACCAAGUGUCAUCACAUCUCUUGGGUGUGAGCAUCUGUGUUUGGUGGGAUGGAAUUACCCCCUUGAAUCCUGAAAACAUAAUGGUCAUUAAUUGCUUGUUAUUUUGUUUACAAGAAGUAAAUACUGCUUAGAUUGUUUUCAUGACUCGUUGCUAAACAGGAUGUCCCUUUGAGGCAGGAGGGGCUGGAGCUUACAGUAAAAGACUAAAAACAAACAAAGCCUGAGGAAUAAAGUGUUUCUGCCUGUCCCAAACCAGACAAAUACGUUGAACCUUGACCUCAGUUUCUCCCUGAACUGGUGAGUUUGGAGAGGACUCUGGGACAUGCUCAGGGCAGCACAGGCUCUGCCUGAGAUGUUUCUAUUGCCACCAACGCCACAGAUGCAUUCACCCUCCAACUCUUAGGGGAAAGUUGGGUUUCAGAAAAAUAGCUUCUUUCUGAAUGCCAAUCUGACUAGUAGGUGAGAUGUACCAUUGAUAAGAACCCACCACAGCUCUCCUGAGGCUUUGAUUUUUCAUUUAUUCUUUAUUCUGCUUAUCACCUUUCAGAUCAGAAAGUCACACCUCUCUGGCCUGUAGGAGUGAGUUAUGAUACCAGAUGUCACUCUGGGAUAGACCCUACUUUAUCAGUUAGUGUGUCCUAGAUGGAGGAAUUACUGGGUAAAACAGGGUCAUCUGUGGUACGUGCACAGCUGGAUUAGAUCAGCCAGCUGCUUUACCCUGAUGCAAAGCCAUGAAAACCCCUCCCACAAGGGCAAGGACAUUGCUGUCACCAGCCUUGCAUCCUGCCUGCACAGGGUGUUAAUGCUGCUCCAAGGAGUGGCAGUAUGACAUGCAUAAGGGCCCCUCCAGCUCUGUCAUAUCAGUGGGUCUGGGGAAAGCUGUGCUGGCUGCAGCCAGUGCAGGUAACUCAAGCUGUGGGUGAGAGCCCAGGCUCAGGCAAGGUCUUUAUAACCUACUCGGUGGAUACGGCAGUGGAGGUUAUGAAAUUUGUGAACUUCCUGUCUGUAAAUGGAUUUCAAACUGCUAUUGAUAUCUUUGAGGACACGGUACGAGGUAUUGACAUCAUUAAGUGGAUGGAGCGCUACCUAGGUGAUAAGACGGUGAUGAUAAUCAUAGCAAUCAGUCCAAAAUACAAACAGGAUGUGGAAGGGGCUGAAUCCCAGCUGGACAGGGAUGAACACGGCUUACAUACUAAAUACAUCCACAGGAUGAUGCAGAUUGAGUUUAUACAACAAGGAAGUAUGAACUUCAGAUUCAUCCCUGUGCUUUUCCCAAAUGCCAAAAAGGAACACGUGCCCACCUGGCUGCAGAACACUCACAUUUAUAACUGGCCCAAGAAUAAGAAGAACAUCCUUUUGCGGCUGCUGCGCGAGGAGGAAUACGUUGCUCCUCCGAUAGGACCUUUACCAACACUCCAGGUUGUGCCGCUGUGAACAUUUUAACUUAAAGCACAUGACAAGUGGUUGUUAAAGGGUUGUUCCUGGCAGGGAGCCAGCACUCUUCCAGAUGGCUCUUUUUGAUGACAGAAGACACUCUUUCUGCUAAAGGAAUUGGUUGUCUUGGGUUACUCAGGCUCAGCUUGUUCUCUACCACGUUAAACAUCUAUUUCCAAAGCUGAUGGGGCAGAACUCUCUUCUCUAGAUUUUUUAAUAAGCUACAAAUGGAAAGAAUGCCCACUUUUAUUUUAACAUCUGGUUUUAACAUAUUCCUUUUAUUAGUCAUUAUAGCAAACAAAUACCAGAAAUAAUGUUGCAAUAAGUGUAAAAUAAAAAUUACAUGCUCCUUUUUGCUCAGGGUUUCUUUAAAGAUAUUCCUGCUUUGUAUAGCAUUAUUGAACCAUCAAUUUGUAUAUACACUAUUAAAUAUAUUUGCCUUGUGUAAGGCAAUCUUA